AGACCUGGCGCUCCGUGCAUUCUCCGUGUGGUCCCUGACCUCAUCUCUUUGUAACUCCGGAAGCAUUUACACGAGCCUCGGGGACUAGUCUCUGCUGCACGCAGCAAGCCGGCUGCUGCUUCCAGCCCCCAGUCUCAGGGCUCAUCGGACUCUCUCCUUUUCUUAUAGAAACACCCAAUGCCAGCUACCAGGCCAGCCCGGCCUGGUCACAGCGCCUCUUUCACCGUCUCGGUCUGUAUCCUUCUAACUCUUGCUGUUCUGACCUUGACAGGAUUUGUAUAACCUCUAGAGAAAAAUCAGUGAAAUUUGCAUUGGCCUCAUAAAAGUUCCACGGCCUUUUACUCUAUGUUGGGAAGGCUGAGUAGUUUUGAAAGAUGCAGCCGCCCUAUGAAAAUGAGUAUCUGUUUCUUCUUCACGUAGACAUCAGCCUGCAUGGGAUUUAAACACUGUGCUAAAAGGAGUAAAAGUGUUAGGACAUAAAACAUGCAAAUAUAAAAAAGUACUAAAAAGGAGGCCAUAAAUUGGACUUCGUAAAGUAUUAGCGGACUUAUUAACCACCUGUUGGGCGGAUUGCUUCUGCAGAUUGUAAACUCAUUCAUUAUAAAUGUUGUGUGAGCUUAAUUCUUAAGUUAGUGUCCUUGACUCCAAAAACUCUCUGUGGGUUCUAACUUUACUUCUGAUUUUUGUACUCUGGUUCUUUGCAUGCAAUUUAUUUCUACUGGCAUACUAUUUUCACAUGAGAGAAAUCAGUUUCUAAUCUUGGCAGGGAAAAACCCCACCAAAUUCUCAAGUAUUUUUAUUGGUUAUUUAAAAUACUUUUUCUAAUUUUAAAAUUAUUUUAAUUACCAAAGUAAUAGCCAGCCUAAAAAGGUUAAGCAAUAUAAACUUGUAUGAAGCAAACAAUGAGAGCUUUUGCCCUCGUCCUAGCCGCCAUUUCCUUCCCUAUAAAUUUGUGUGUAUCUUUUCUGGGUAGUAGGCACACAAGCAUACACACGGUCACAUAUAUAGACGUAUAUUACUCUAUGCACAUAGGCACACAAACUCAGUUUUUAUUUACUUAAAUGGGGAUUACGAUUAUGCUAAAAAAUAUGCUGCCAGUUGGUUUUUUAAAAACAAUACAGUUGACCCUUGAACAACAGGGGGUUUAGGGGAGCCCACCCUCCAGGAAGUCGAAAAUCCAAGCAAUUUAUAGUCGGCCCCCUGUAUCUGUGUUUCCUCAGCAUCUGAGGUUCCUCCACCCACCUUUCUGCCUCCUCAGAUUCAACCGGUUCCUGGGUAGUGUAGUAAUGCAGUUACUUUUGGAAAAAAUGCACAUAUAAGGGGACCCGUGCAGUUGAAACCUCCACUGCUGAGGGUCAGUGGUGUAUCACUCACAUCUCACGUAUUCACACUGAACUUAAAACAAUAGGAAAGACUUUCAGCCCUUACCUUAGAGGCACCUCUUUGGGAUAGUAUAUAACACCAAUAAUUUUAUGGGAACCCUAAACAGUUGCAACUUGGUUUUGUGUCCUCUAGUAAUAAGUUUAUAUGAUUAAUUAUAUUUUUUUACACAUGGCAGGAAGAACAAUCGUUGGGACUCCUGAUGAAGAAACCAUGGACAUAGUACUUGCAAAAAACUACUCGGAAAUGGUGGGAAUUGUGUUUAAUGAUACUCACUCAUAUUGGCUGAAGUUUAGCUGGGGACAUAGAAUCCCAGUUAUGAGAGAACACUUUGAAUACUCAGAACAUUGCUGGGCUAUGCGUGAUGAAAUUUUUUGUUCCUUGACAACAUACUGGCAAAGAGGGUUUGUGGCUUUUCAAACCACAAUUAAUGCUGCAGUUAUAGAAGUCACAACAAAUCGUUCUGUGAUGGAAGAGUUGACAUCAGUUAUUGGAAUAAAUAUCAGUAUACCCCCUUUCAUUUCUAAUGAAGAAACUACAAAUGGAUGGUUUAUUUUUAUUCGUGUAGUUUAUUUCUCCCCUUUUGUAUAAUCAUUAAACAUUACAAAGGAAUGA